UUGUAUGGUAGUUUUUAUUUAACUCUUCAACCGGUGGAAGAUGAGGGUUGCAGUGAUUGUAAGUUGCAACCUGUUUUUCACUCUUGUGGACAUUGUGGUCUCCACAGUCUUGUAUGUCCAUGGAUCAGACCUUGAUAUAUUUGCAGAUGAAUUAGAAGACUUUGAUAUACACCGCUUUACACUGGACCUGUGGGCAACGGUUCUCAUACGGGCCAGUCUUCUUUGUGGUGCUUGUAUAGGUUUGUUCUUCAACAGGAGUGAUGGCCUGAUAAGAGUAUCAAACCUGGGCACACCAGUUGCUCUUGUCUGCCUUACCAAUAUAGUUUAUGCUGUGGCCAAGAUGUUGAUUCUUUCUGAGGAGGGCAAUCUAAUGUACGAUCCAUGGUUCCUGAGUUUGUUCUCCUGGACUUGUUUGUCAGCAAUAGGCACCAUGGUCUUAUGGAAUCAGCUGGCUCAGGCUACAAGUGUUGCAUCUGACAGGAAUGAUAGCGAGGAGAGGGAGAGAUUGAUGGAUGGUGUUGACACAGAAGAUGAGUACAGCGAGAAGAGCAAGAAGACAAAAAAUGAAGAGUUCCAUUCAGGGGCCACUAUUGGCCGUCUGUUGUCGUACUGUAAGAAGGACUCUGCAUUGCUGACCGUUGCUUUUUUCUGUCUUCUCCUCUCUGCUGUGUGUGAAGCAUUUAUACCAUAUUACACAGGGAAAGCAAUAGAUGGUAUGGUUAUUCAUAAAAGCAUUGAUAGUUUUACCAAACCAAUAGUUCUUCUCGCUGGGUUUGCUUUGAUCAGCUCCAUAGCUAGUGGGUUUCGUGGAGGAGUCUUCUCUUUAACAUUUGCCCGGUUGAACAUUCGCCUGCGAAACCUUCUUUUCAGAUCACUACUGCACCAAGAUAUUGGUUUCUUUGAUGCCAAUCAUACAGGUGAUAUUACCUCUAGACUUACAUCAGACACUACUCAGGUGAGCGAUCUCAUCGCACAGAAUGUGAACAUUUUCCUGCGUAACGUUGUGAAGGCACUGGGCAUGUUCAUAUUCAUGUUUGGGAUGUCCUGGAAGUUGUCCCUUGUCACCAUGUUUGGCUUCCCAUACAUCGGUGUCGUCUCUAAGCUUUAUGGAGAAUAUUACAAGGCAAGUAGUGCUGUAGAUUCCCACAGAACGGAAAUGUUUCAUCUGUAA